AUGUCCCCACCGCAAUCUCUCGCCCAACGAGUUAUCCAGCUCAACAAUGAAGCCAUUGUCUGUGCCAUCAAGGGCUUUCGCCAAGAUGGAGUUGCCACUCUGCAACGAGCACUGGCUAUGGUCCUUACCUGUGAAGAAUCCAAUCAGGUAUCUGUGGUAAGACCAAGCAACGAACAGCAAAGAGAUCAAAUGGCUUACUCGGUGCCCCUGGCACGAGACCAAUGUUCCAAGCCCUUUGACGAUGUCUUCCAGUUCUUUAACCGAGCCAUCACCCUCCCUCAAGACGACGAGAGGUUUGCUACCCUUUCGUGUCCUCACAGUCGCAUUCGCAUCCAAACUACCAUUCUCUACAACUUGGGUGUCUUUUGUCACAUGGAAGCUGUUUGCUCUGGCAACUCUACUCUUGCGUUUGCCAAUGCCCUCCAAUUCUACGGUGGAGCCUACCAAGUGCUGGAGAACUCUUCCAAGAUCUUUGGAUUCCCUCAUGAUGAUGCGCUCUUGUUGGUACUGGCACUCUUCAACAACAUGGGACACAUUCACUCCAGUUUCAUGAUGGACAGUGACAAGACUCGACAGUGCAUCAGUUGGAUGCAGUCCACUUUUGCUACUCCCCAAACGCACAAUGCUUUGGCUCCUGAGGAUUACGCAUUCUUCAGCCAAUACAUUUCCGUUCCUGCAGGCGCACAGCUCCUGAUAUCACCUGCUGCAUAA